UCUACCCAUUAAUAUAAAUUUGCUCGCUUGAUCAUCGCAUGCAUAUGCAGUCUCUUCAAAAUCCAAAGAGAGAAACAUGGCUGACCAGCGAGUUUUCACACUGUCACAGGUCGCCCAACACAAAUCCAAGAAAGAUUGCUGGCUUGUUAUUGAUGGCAGAGUGCUUAACGUCACAAAGUUCUUGGAAGAGCACCCGGGGGGAGAAGAGGUGCUGAUAGAAUCAGCAGGAAAGGAUGCAACUAAGGAGUUCAAGGAUAUUGGACAUAGCAGGGCAGCCCAGAACCUACUCCUCAAGUACCAGGAGGGCGUUCUUCCAGGUUACACUUUCAAAGAGGGGAACAUCAUGGAUUCUUCCAUCAAGGAACCCAAGAAAAAGGAAAUGAGUGCUUUUGUGAUCAACGAUGAUGGCCUGCCCAAGUACGCAGCUUUUCUGGAGUUCUUUGUGCCCCUUUUAGUCGCUGGUUCCUACUUCAGUUACAGAUACCUUACCAGGAUUGUCAAUUAGAUGCUCUGGAUCGAUAGUGGAUUAUAAAUCUCUCUUUGUUUUAUCAAUUAGAUCCACUUUAUCAGUGUUGGAUUAUUUAUCCCUCUUUGUUUCAUCUGCAGCCGUUUACUUAUCAGUUAUGUAUCAUAAUGCAUUACCAUAUUCCAGCUACUUGAAUAAAGUGAUGUAAUUUUCGUUGGCUCA